CGGCUAAUUAUAAAAGUGCGACAAAUUUCGGUAAGAGACAAGUCAAAUGGGGGAUGCUACUGCUCAUUUUUAAAAGAACUAAGGCCAGUUUUUUUUGACGCUUGAGUCUUGACGCAAGCAGGCAAGAACCCUAGGAACUAAAUCACUGCAUUGAAUUCUGUUUUCAUCAACCAUUUCUCUUCUCUGAGUUAUUAUGGAAAUGCAAUGUCAUCUUGGAAUCACGAAAAAUAUACCCAACAUGCUGUUUGAUGGAAUGCGCAAGAAAGAUCAACAUUUAUCAAGACUACAAUUCAAGUCAAGGAAUACAAAAGCGUUGGCAUCUUCUGACUCAUUGGAAAUGUCUCCUGUACCUAAGAAUUAUGAAAAAGACCGGCCUUUAGUGAAGAUGUGUGGAAUUACUUCUGCUAAAGAUGCUGCGCUUGCAGCUGAAGCUGGUGCUGAUUUUAUUGGGAUGAUUAUGUGGCCAAAAUCAAAACGUUCUGUUUCUCUUUCAACUGCAAAGGAGAUUUCAGAGGUUGCUAGGAAGUAUGGGGCUGAGCCAGUGGGGGUAUUUGUAGAUGAUGAUGCUGAAACUAUUUUAAAAGCUGCUGCAGCAUCUACCAUAGAAUACGUCCAGCUUCAUGGGAAUGGUUCUCGGAGUGCUCUCCCACUGUUGGUGAAGGAGAAUCGAAUUAUAUACGUUCUUCACUCCAAUAAAGAUGGGGUCCUCCUAAAUAAUAUCUCUCUAGAUGAUUGUUCUCUGAUAGACUGGAUCCUAGUAGAUAGUGUAACUGGUGGAAGUGGAGAGGGAUUCGAUUGGACGCAGUUUAAACUACCAUCUGUUAAAAGCAAACGUGGUUGGCUAUUGGCAGGAGGAAUCAAACCCGAUAAUGUUAAGGAAGCCCUUGUUACUCUCCGUCCUAAUGGAGUUGAUGUUAGCAGUGGCAUUUGUGCUUUGGAUGGCAUACAGAAGGACGAGUUACGAAUUUCUACUUUCAUGAAAGCAGUGAAUUCUGUGCGGUAUUGAGGGUAAGAUCACAUACAUCUUAGAUCUUCAUCUUUCUAAAACCGUCAUUGAAUAAAUGUACAGAAAAUGGCUACUUUCAUGGGAUAGGAAUUAGGAUUAGUUGCAUCCUCCACUAUACUUGUAAAAUUUGUACGAGUUCUCAUGUAGAUGAGUCAAUUAGUAAAAGUAUAUUAUACAAGUUUUGGGUGUCGAAACAGAUGAGAGAAUAACAAAAUAUGAGCAUCAGUAUCAAUAUAAUUCAUUGUUCUUCAGAGUUUUUGUGAGAGAUAAGAAUGCUUUCUUGUACCUUAUGAGCUUUCUUGUACCUUAAGUUACCGAAUGAAACAGUUGGAUUCUUGUAUCUAAUGUUACAAUGAAAAAUAAUAUAAUAUAAUAUAAAAUUGCGAAUCUGUUUUUGAUUGGGAAUCUUCUGUCAUGAUACUUUUUUACGAGACAUGUAGAUGUAUGAUGGAGAUAAGACCAACAUCUAGUCACCAAUUGGAACAACAUAGUCUUGCCAGGUAAAAGUAGUAUACAUAAGGGAUCGACACCAAGCAUUUUUAUUUUUACCACCAUUAUUAAUGUGCUUUUCAAAUCUAUGUGGAAAAUUGUGUUAUGGGCAUGCUUUUUGCUGAUGAAAUUGUACUAGUUGUUGAAACUAGAUAGGAGACUACUAUGAAAUUAGAGGAGUAAAGGGCUGUUAGAAGGCAAAUGGUUGCGUAUUAGUCGUACAAAAACAAAAUAUUUGAAACACAAUUUUAGUGGGAUAAAGCCGAAAAGUGAUCUCGAGGUGACCAUUGGACAAGAUGUUGCAAGUACUACCAAAUUUAAAUAUUUAGGAUUGAUUUAUCAGAGCAAUGCGGUGUUAGUUGAAGAUGAAACCCAUCAAAUUCAAGCGAAUUGGCUUAAGUGGAAGAAUCACCACUGGAAUGCUAUGUGUUAAGAAGUUUCCCACUAGACUAAAAGGUAAAUUCUAUAGAAUUGUAAUCAAACCAACUUUUUUAUGUUAAGAAGUCCUUCGAACAAAAGGAAGACGUAGUUGAGAUGCGAAUGCUAAUGUGGAUGUGUGGAGAUACAAUAAUGGAUGAAUUUUUGAACCAAGAGUUAGAGAGAAGUUAGGGUUUACCUCUCUAUCGCUAAGCUACGUGAAAAAAAAGUUAAGGUGGUUUAGACAUGUGAGAAGAAAGAUUGUCGACGUACUCGUAAGGAUGGUGGAGAGCCUCGUGGUGAAGGGUACGAGGAGUUGAGGUAGACCAAAGAGAAAGUGAGAGGACUAGAUAAAAACUGACUUGCGCGAGUUGCAACUAUUUGAGGUCUUGAUGAGAGAUAUGAAUAGUUGGAGACGUCAAAUGCGUUUCUUAGACUUUUGACUGACCAAGGAGAACAUAAUAUCCGUGUUUUUACUUAUUUAUUUUUAUGGCUCAACCCUAGUGUAGCUUAUGUUGUGUUUUGCCGGUAGCAUUUCUCAUGAGGCGUGUUGUCACUCCUCUCUUAUUACAGACCUCUCUUUUUGGGUUUAUUUAACUGUGUGUGCAUCCCUUUUCACCCUAUCUUCGGAGGGGGUAUGCGUACGAUCUGUACGUUACCUUUUUUUUGUACCUUAACUUUGUGAGAGACAUUAGAUUGAUGAUUAUGACUAUGAAAUUAUUUUUAGGUUGAAGUUGGAGACAACUAAAAUUAUCUAGUUGUCAAUACUCAAUUCUUGUCCUUUUGUCUUAUGGCUAAAUAUACUUUCUUUGCCACUUAUUUUGCAUUAUAUAGGUGAAAAAAAUUUCACAUCAUAACAAAUACAAUGCAAAAUAAGUGGGACAAAGAUCUAUACAAUGCAUUAAAUUCUAAUAUUUUGAAGAAAUAUUUUUAAUAAACUACUAAUAAGGAAAGGUAAUGAGAAUGUACAAGAACUACAUCUGCUUUUUCUAGGACUUUCUAUGUUGCUAAGUGGGAGUCCUUCCUACAUAUUUGGAAUUAGAAAAAAAAAAGUUAUUAUCUAAAAAAUUCUCAAAAUAAGCUUUCAGAAAUUUUUAUUUCCAAAAUAAGUGUAUCCACGCUGAA